AUGUUGAACUUCCAAAGUGCUCAUCUUCCUAAGAUUGAUAAGCGAAACAAUAAAACUUCAAUAGAGCCCACAGUUAUUGAUGAAACCUUAAUCAUGUAAUUUUUAAAUUAUAUUUAAGUAAAUCAGUGAAGGAUUACAAUUCUGAAAACAAAAUAACUAUGGGAGAUUAAAUUAUGUUAAAUUCUUUGCGUGUCAUGUCAUUGUCUUUUAAAAGUAUUUCAAUAUUAUUAUAUAUCAAUAGACAUUUGGAAGAUCGAAAACCUCUAAGGUUUGGAGAGAUUAGAGAAGUUACAAUUAGAUAAUAACAUAAUAUAAAAAAUUGAGAAUUUAGAUCAUUUAGUCAAUUUGCAUUGGCUUGAUCUAUCAUUUAAUUUGAUAAAAGAAAUUGAAGGAUUAGAUAAAUUAAUUAAUUUGAAAGAUUUAUCAAUGUUUAAUAAUUAACUUACUUCUGUUGGAGGUUUGGACAAUUGUAAAUCUUUGAAUGUUUUAUCAAUUGGUAAUAAUAAAAUACCUUCUUUUGAAAUAGUAACACAAUAUUUUAGUAAAGGAAAAGGAAUGAAAUUCAAGAACUUAUAAGUUUUAAAUGUAGCUGGGAAUCCAUUUACAAAAGAACCAGAUUAUAAAAAUCAUAUAAUUAAUUCUUUACCUAAUCUUAGAUAUCUAGAUUAUAGUUUUAUUGAUGAAGCAUAAAGAAAUUAGAUUAGAGAAUCAGAUGAAAAAUUUAGAACUCAUGCUAUUACUUAAGAAGACUUUUUAAAGCAAAUGUAAAAUUAAGAAUAAGAGGAGAAGAAUAAUAAUGAUGAAUUAUUUAAGUGUUGAA